AUGACAACCUCAACACCACCAACCUUCCCCUUCCCCCCCACCUACUCCUUCCCCCCCUUCUUCACCCCCCAACCAAACAGCGCCACACGCCUCGCACAGCUCCAAAAAUGGUCCUCCCUGAUCCAGUCCUGGUGCCGCCACCACCGCAUCUACCGGCUCUCGCUCGUCGAAGCCGUCGACUCGCCGCUAUUCCACAACGCGGCGCUCCGCAAACGGCUCUCGCUCAGCGAGGUGCGCAACGUCGUGGACUGGAUGGCGCGCGGGGAGGAGGACGGCGGCGGGGGGAGGAGGGCGGAGUGGGCGGACGGGGCGAGUAAGACUUUGGCGUGGAUUUGGUGGAGGAGGCCUGAGGAGUGGGCGGGGAUUGUUGAGGAUUGGGUUGAGAAUACCGGGCAGAAGAAUAUGGUGUUGACGGUUUAUGAGCUGCUGGAAGGGGAGGCAACUAUGUCGCAAGAAUGGCAUGGUAUGGACCCCGACGUCAUGCUGCGGUCCUUGAAUGUCAUUGCCAAGCGAGGCAAAGCUCAAGUCUUUGGCAGCGAGGGCCAGGAAGGUGUCAAGUUCUUCUAA